AACAUUUGUAUCAACCUAUAUCCAACAGAGCAUCUAUUGCACAACAUAGAUAUCACUACAGAGUGAGUGUGGGUGUGAGAAGGAGAGAGUGUGUGUGAAUAUCAAGACUUUAUUGUUAAGUUACAGAGAGAAAAUUUGUGUGUUUCUAUUACAAUGAUUUCGGUUCGACCUACUCUUUCUCCCGCCAAACUAUCUUUUUCUUCUCGACGUGGUUUUUGUAUCUCUUCUGCUUAUAACCCAUCUCGAAGACUCGCUCUCUUCCACCUCAGCAGCGUGAUUCCCCAGUCACAGUUGUUGGAUGUAAAAGCAUCUCCAUGGCUGAGAGUGGAUGGGAACAAAAUAGAGACCAGCCCAACUGCAAAUAAGACGCAACCAAGCCCUGCUGUAACUGAGGAGAAUAUGUUAGAGUGGGCCAACAAAGACAACCGAAGACUGCUUCAUGUUGUUUAUCGUGUUGGGGAUUUGGAGAAGACCAUAAAAUUUUACACUGGGUGCCUGGGCAUGAAGCUGUUGAGAAAACGGGACAUACCAGAGGAACAAUAUGCAAAUGCUUUUCUAGCAUAUGGGCCAGAAGAUUCUCAUUUUGCUGUUGAACUUACUUACAAUUAUGGAGUUGACAAGUUUGACAUUGGAACUGGCUUUGGACAUUUUGGUGUUGCAGUUGAGGAUGCUGCGAAAACUGUAGAUCUUGUAAAAGCUAAGGGUGGCAAAGUUACCCGAGAUCCUGGUCCUGUCAAAGGUGGUAGUACGGUAAUUGCUUUCAUUGAAGAUCCAGAUGGUUACAAGUUUGAGCUUUUGGAGAGAGAGCCUACUCCCGAGCCCCUAUGUCAAGUAAUGCUGCGAGUGGGUGAUCUUGACCGCUCGAUAAAUUUCUAUAAGAAGGCUUUUGGCAUGGAGCUUCUCCGGAAAAGAGAUAACCCUGAGUAUAAGUACACAAUAGCCAUGAUGGGCUAUGGUCCUGAAGACAAAAAUGCAGUUCUGGAAUUGACAUAUAACUAUGGGGUCAAAGAAUAUGACAAAGGAAAUGGUUAUGCCCAGAUUGCGAUAGGUACAGAUGAUGUCUAUAAAGCUGCAGAAAUAGUCAAACGGAGUGGAGGGACUAUUACCCGUGAACCUGGGCCAUUGCCUGUUAUCAACACCAAGAUUACAGCCUGCUUGGAUCCUGAUGGUUGGAAAUCGGAAAAAUCAACUUAUCUUGCCAAAUAUGUUCUCCGUAAACUUCAAAUUGAGAUGAUCAUGCAAUGCCAGUUAGCUACCACGGGGUAGAUUUCCAGCCUCAAUGUAAGCUCCCAGAUUAUAAGUUCUGAAUGAGUAGCACCCUCGAUUCUAUGCAAAAUUUGCACUGUGCCAUCUUUUCUGUCUUUGUCGAUAAUAUUGAUUUUCAGAAGGAACUAGAGUGACAGGGCAUUAUUGUCAUUAUAGCAGCCACAUCUCUUGUUUGAAUCUAUGGAAAGGUCCAUAAUUAUGCCCAGUAGAAUCUUCGCUGUUGUUAGAUCAAUUCUGCCAAAAGUGCCCAGUGAGAGAUAAUGUAUAUUUCCUUUGUGUAGCUGCAAUACAAUAUGUACGCAAUCAUAGCAGAUGGAGUUUGAUGUACAUAUCAUGACAGCUGCUUGGGGAAAAUGUAAAUCUAGUUUUCUGCCAAUUGAAAUAUAAGCUCGCUCAAAAUCAUGUCAUGUUUGCACGGCAAUGCAACAUAUGCUGGAUCCCCUCAAUCCACAUCUGUUUGUCACCUUUGUUUCUGCAUUCAAAUUCAAUCACCCUGUCUGCUGUUUUUAUCCCAAAGUAGGCCCUCUGUUCGUUGCUAUCCUGCCACUCUCCUCUGGGCCAUGCUGGGAUGUCUCUAUAGACUCCAGAGACUACACCUGCAGACAUACCAAGGCUCGAUUCAGUGGACAGGGCCAGAUGAACAAGGAGUAAAGGUCAGAGAAGGGAU